UGCUAACAUUGUGCUAAAAUAUUAUUUUAAAAAAAUAACAAAAAAGUUACGAUAUUUUUUUAUCUCCCGCAAGGUGCUGUCCUGAGUCCGGUAUUGUAUUCGUUAUACACGCAGGGCCUUUGUGCGGAUCUGCCGGAGGGUGUCGAGGCGGUUGAAUUUGCGGACGACAUCGGGAUCUACGUCCGUGGACCAAAUCGCGAAAGAAACCGACUCUUGCUCCAAUGUGCGAUUGACAUCAUCGCUAACCGUCUCCGUGAGAUGGGACUGGAUUUAGAGCCGAGAAAGACGGUGCUGGUGGAGUUCAGCAAGAGCGGAUACAUUGAUAGACAGAUGUGCAUACAUAUUAACGGAUGUGACGUAUUCAAUUGCUGUGGUGCAAAGUUCCUAGGAAUAUGGCUCGACAACAAGUUAAGCUUCGACCGCCAGAUACAGGAACGCUAAUUCCAUUAUCAGGUAUCUCUGUGGAGUAUCCAGAGGUAUGGAGGUAAAUACGUCGCUGAUGCUAUACAAAAGCCUUGUAAGGUCUAUUAUCGAUUAUGGGAGCUUUGUAUUUUUCCCUAGAGAGGCCUCCUUACAGUUAAAAUUGGAGAGAGCUCAAUUUUUGGGCAUUCGUACAGCUCUCGGUUAUAGAAAUUCCACCCCCAACAAUGUGAUUGUGGCGGAGGCAAAAGUGACUCACCUGAGGGACCGUGCCAUGCUGUUGGGUAUUAAUUUUGUUAACAAGGCGAUUGCUCACAACAACAACGGAUUGUGCGACAAGAUACAUCAUCUUCUAGAGGGAGAGAAUUUCAAACGAUAUAGACAACCUGCGUAUCGUCUUUCUUUGCUGUCGGAAAUAUGGCGAAAAGUAAGACGUACCAGGCAUCUCAUUGACUCCGUUGAAAAGUAUCCUAUUUUCAGCGGUUCCUACAACGCCCAAACGUAUAAACCUACUGUAGACAUUGAUAUUGGUGCUGCGAGAAAGCGAGAAAAGAUUUCUGACCUGUCACUUAUUCAAAAGAUUAUUGAUAAACAUUAUUUAGGUUCGGACCCAGAUAUUUUAUUCACGGAUGGAUCAUAUAACGAGUCAGCACGUUCUACAGGAGCAAGUAUUGUUAUCUGCGAUUACGCCGAGGUUUUCAAGAUGAGUCUACCCGUCCUCUGUUCCUCUUACACUGCGGAGGCUUUUGCAGUGUCCUCAGCUCUUCGCUUGCUAUGGACCCGCAAAUACGGGGAUAGAAACAAAAUAAUUAUCCUGUCUGAUUGCCAAGCUGUUCUUAAAUCUAUUAGAAAUAACCAUUUAAAUGUACACAAGAACAAGUAUGUGACUGAAGCGAGAAUAUUGAUUUAUAAGCUGGAAAAACUUUGUGAUAAGAAGAUCGUACUCGCGUGGAUUCCCGCUCACGCGGGAAUUCUGGGUAACGAGAUCGCUGAUGGGUUGACUAAGGAGGCGGCGGAGGAGGAGCCUGACCCCUCCAUCACGGUUCCGGUGGGGGAUUUACUGGCGCGAGCAAGGAGAGAUGUAUGAGAGGGAGUCUACGCAGAUAUCGAUCGUACGUGACGCUCAAUACAAGGGAACUUUCUAUUUUGACACGUUCUAUGACCGUGAUUCGACCGUGCCGUGGUUUCGGAAGGUUAGAGUUGAAAGAUACUUUAUCACGUUCAUCAAUCGUCUAAGAGCUAACCAUUAUAACCUGGCUUCCCUCAAGAGAAAGAACUACAUUUACAUUGACAGUGAGAGAUGUGAAUGCGGCUGUGAAUGCGAGGAUAUCCACCAUGUUAUUCUGAGAUGUAACAAAUAUGACGAACAAAGAGUUGUUCUGGACGCUGAACUAAGAGAGAGUGCGGAAUUGAGGAAAGCUGAAGAAAAUAGACAGAAGGGUGCCGGAUGGAAAACGAAGGGAAGGAAAAUGAGG